GGCUGAUGCUCCGAGUAUCCAUUGGAUUUCAUAGUGAUUUUUCGGAUAUCCGUUCGGUCCAAAGGGUUGGAGUUUGGCUUGUCGGAAUAAAAUCCGGUCUUGCGAGCUUUUCCGCGAUGGUCUACUAAUGCAGCAUCGUUUGAUUUGAUAACAUUCCUGGAGUUCGCGGGGUGCAGAUCCUCUUUGGGGGACAGUUUAAAUGUUGUGUUGCUCUUUCUUCUCAUCUAGAGAUGUGCUCCAUAUUCUCUGAGAAUCAGCCUUCUCCCAAUUGAUGCACGGUUCCUUUUCACCAUGUUAGAAUCUCCGGUUCCUCCUUCGGAAACUAAGGCCCCAUUGGCCUCUCCCCCGGUUUCGACAUUGGAGGCCAAAACGAACUCCGUCCAGGUGCCGGAGAGAGAAGCAUUGACAGUAGAUGAGCUCGUACGACACAGAGCAUCGCUCGGCUCCUCGCAACCCGUGGUAUCGUAUCCACGCACAGGUACCGACUAUGUCGACUAUCCUUUAUGCCAGCUCGAUAUCUAUGCUCUCCGGGUUGCCAAAGAAUUUGGAUCUCGUAUCCCACCGAGAACUUCUUCAUCGGAAACGCCAGCAGUGAUUGCUCUACUGGGACCGUCCGAUCUCAAUUACCUGGUCACCCUUCUUGCGCUUACGAAACUCGGUCACUCCAUUCUGUUUCUCUCGACGCGCAUAUCCCUGGAAGCAUACGCCUCAUUAUUAGAGAAAACACAGUCCAGGCACAUCUUUAUCCAUGAAUCGUUUCAGGACACAGCAGCCGAACUCAAAGAACGACUCCCAGAUUUGCAAGUCAGCAAGAUUCCGACUCAGACGUCCUAUGAUUCUCCCAUUUCCGAAGAUGUCGACACAAACCUCACACCACAUUUGGAUCUAGAUAAAGAGUCCAAAUAUAUCUCGUUUAUCAUCCACUCUAGUGGCUCGACAGGCCUCCCCAAACCAAUCUUCCAGACCCAGGGUGCUGCGAUAAGAAAUUAUGCAGGGAACAUGAACAUGUCCGGAUUCAUCACGCUUCCGCUGUACCACAACCACGGCAUCAGUUGUCUUUUCCGGACGGUGCAUUCGUGCAAGACGCUCCAUUUGUACAAUGCUGAGUUGCCGCUCACGAAACAGUUCCUGCUCGACAUCAUGCAGACCCAUGAGUUUGAGAUCUUCUACGGAGUGCCGUAUGCUCUCAAGUUGCUUGCUGAGUCGGAUAAGGGUAUCGCGGUUCUCGCCAAGCUCAAGGCUGUUAUGUUUGGUGGCUCUGCUUGUCCCGACUCGUUGGGUAAUCGACUUGUGGAGAACGGUGUUAAUCUUAUCAGUCACUACGGAACGACUGAAACUGGUCAAUUGAUGACCUCUUUCCGGCCCCGGGAAGACAAGGAAUGGGAUUACCUACGCCCCUCAGAAGUCGUAGAGAAGUAUCUUCAAUUCGAAGAGCGCAGCUCCGGCAUCUUUGAGCUCAUUUGCCUCGAUGGCUGGCCGUCAAAGGUGAUGUCCAACAGACCAGACGGCUCCUACGCCACGAAAGACCUCUUCCUGAAGCACCCGACGAUCGAAGCAUACAAGUACUACGCACGACUAGACGACACCAUUGUCCUCGUUAACGGUGAGAAAGUGAAUCCUUUGGACAUGGAAGGUAUUGUACGACAGAAUGAUAUGGUUUCUGAGGCUGUCGUUUUUGGGUCGGGUAGGGCUAGUAUUGGGCUGGCUGUUGUUCGUGCGCCUGGCACGGAAUCCUUGUCUAAUGAGGAUAUCAUUGAACGUAUUUGGCCUGCUGUCGAGAAUGCACAUGAUGCCAUGCCCGCGUAUGGCCAGCUUUCCAAGACCAUGGUCAGGGUCCUUCCAGCAGACACUGAGUACCCUCGUACGGAUAAGGGGACUGUGAUCCGACAAGCCUUUUACAGGACCUUCAGCCAGUUAAUCGACGAAGCGUACGAAACAGAAGACGCCAUGACAGGGAUAUUGACACUAUCGGAGCCAGAUUUGAAAAAAUUCAUCAGAGAGCAACUACAGUCAAUCCUACCAUCAAAGGCCCAGGCUGCUUUGACCGAUGACGCUGACUUUUUUGGUCUCGGGAUGGAUUCCUUGCAAGCUACGCAGCUGCGGUCUGUUCUUGUCAAGACGCUUAAUACAAAUGGCCGGCAGCUGGGGCUUAAUGUCGCUUUCGAGCAUCCGACGGUCAAUGGCUUGACGCGUUAUCUCGACUCCCUUGUUUCUGGGGCGACAGACAGCAGUGUGCCGGUUGAGGAGCAGAUGAGGGCAUUUAUUUCGAAGUACAGCCAGUUUGAACAGCAUAAGCCUACUCCUAACGGUCUUAGCGGUGAAUAUGUCGUUGUUACAGGGGCUACCGGAUCACUGGGCAGUCAUGUAGCCGCAAGACUAUCUGUUUUACCGCACGUUCAGAAGGUCUAUUGCCUCGUACGUGCAGGUUCCGUGAUCGAAGCAUACGACCGUCUGCUCAAAUCAAUGCAAACUCGAAGAGUUUACGAUACACUUCCUGACGCCGCUCGAAACAAGCUAGUCGCAUUUCCAUCGGAUCUAUCUCAAACCACUCUAGGACUAAGCCCUGAGACAUACAACACCUUGGCCUCGGAAAUCACAGACGUCAUCCACUGCGCUUGGUCCGUCAACUUCAACUACCAACUUGCCAGCUUUGGAAAAGACAGUAUCGGCGGCCUCAAGCACCUAAUCGACCUCUCCCUCAAAGCCCAACGACCAGCACCAGCAACAUUCAACUUCUGCUCCUCUGUCAGUGCCGUCGUGAACACCGAAGGAAGCGAUAUCCCCGAAGCCCUCCCCGAGAAACUCACCUACGCACAAGGCAUGGGCUAUGCGCAGUCAAAACUAGUAGGCGAACACCUCUGCGCCGCCGCCAAACAGCACACAGGCAUUCGAGCUCGCGUCCUCCGAAUUGGACAGGUCAUCGGAGACACAAAAUAUGGAAUCUGGAACGCAACAGAAGCGAUACCCCUGAUGCUCCAAUCGGCCACGACAAUCGGUGCACUCCCCAAACUCGACGAGUCACAUCUCUGGCUUCCUGUGGAUACUGUCGCAAAUACUGUCAUCGACAUUACACUCUCAUCCUCAUCCGAUAACACAGAGUCAUCAGGCAUCUUCAACAUCGUCAACAACACACCCUUCCACUGGACGCACGAUCUCCUUCCCCAUCUCCACGCCGCAGGUCUCGAAUUCGAAGAACUCGACCAACGCGAAUGGCUCCGUCGUCUGCGCGAGUCAUCUGUAGACCCUGUUCAAAACCCGCCGAUUAAGCUGAUCGAUUUCUUCGGAGCCAAGUAUAAUACUGACCAGCCAAGGCGGACGUUCAAUUGGCGCACGGAGGAGGCGAGACGGGUUUCGGGUGCAUUGGCGGAUGCUGGACCGUUGAGUCGGGGGCUUGUCGAGAAGAUGGUGGAUUAUUUUCGGGGGGAGUGUUGGAAUUAGAAGGUUUCGAUCUACCUUGCCUGCAUGGUACUCAUUCGUUUAUGUGUCCACGCUGUCCUAGUUCUUCAUCAAUAAUAUUUCUAUUCAUAAUG